AUGUGGGGUGAAGUCCUCCGUCGGGGCUUAUCGGGUCUGUUUGCUUGCAUUUGGGAGGAGUCUGUCCCAGUCAACUGGGGAGAGUCGGUGAUAUUGCUCAUUUUCAAAAAAGCCUCCUAUACCUUUCAUCCUCCACAUUGUACGAUGGAUGAUGUACUCAACGCCCUGAGGAGCAGGGUGACAUCCAGUAUUGAACUGCAACAGUAUGCGACAGCAUGUUUUUGGGCGGACAAACUAUGCUGUCUUGGAAAAAAUAAUCCAAAAGAUGUUCUUCUAUUUGCUCAAGCUCUGUACUAUGGUAAACAGUACCACCGGGCAAUUUCUCUACUGACCAGUCGAAAAAAUAUGAUGCAAUGGUUGAUCACCCGCUACCUUAUCGCGCAAUGUCAUUAUGCUUGUGCUGAAUUUGAGGAGGCGCUCAAUAUUCUCGAGGACUCUGACAAAUGUUCAGUUCAUUUACUUAACUCCAGCGCGACAGCUCUGGUUACCGGUGUACCCACAAAACGCCACACCCCCAACAUUGCCUCGUACAAAGCGGGAAAACCAACUCGAACGAGAAGUAGUUAUUCGGAUUCUUCUUCAACUGAAGAAGAACUCCUCGGUGGGUUCACAUAUAAAACGAGUAGUAUAGCGCUACUGAAGGGGAAAAUCCACGAGAGUUUCGAAAACCGUACUUUGGCCAUUCAGCAUUAUCGCGAAGCCCUUGUACUUGAUGUCACUUGUUAUGAAGCAUUUGAGAAAUUAUUCCAUUUCCAAGCCGUUGAACCAUUAGAAGAGGCUUGCUUGUUUGCUGAUCUAGAUUUUGUCGGCCAGCUUGAUCCAAAGAUGGCCAAAUUGGUGGAGUUUUUGUACGAGGAUAAGGUUAACCAGCAUUCAAACAUGCUGAGUACCGUGCCAGAAGAAUUUGAAGAACUGAAGGAAAACGUCGAUGUGGUGAUAAACUGGGCUGGGCGCAUGCUCAAUCUUUGUCAGUUCCAGCAGUGUUAUGAACUCACAUCCAAAGUGAUACGUAUCGAUCCGUACAACUUGUCCUGUUUACCCAUUCAUAUUUCUGUCCUAAAAGAACUGGACAAACCGAAUGAGCUCUAUCGGGUUGCGUACAAAUUGAUGAACGUCUACCCUUCGAACGCAAUUUCCUGGUUUGCCGUAGGCUGUUACUAUCUUUGUACGCAGCGAAACGAACUUGCUCGACGGCAUCUUUUAAAAGCAUCACAAUUGGACAAGCGCUUUGGACCAACCUGGCUUGCUUUGGGACAUGCGUUCGCGGCAGACGGGGAGCAUGAUCAAGCCAUUGCAUCUUAUUGCACUGCUGCACAAGUUAUUCAAGGGUCACACAUCCCAAUCAUGUAUAUUGGAAUUGAGUAUAGCGCAAGCAAUAACCGAAACCUUGCAGAGCGGUUUGUGCGGCAGGCCUAUCGAUUGAACUCCAGCGACCCGUUUAUCCAUCACGAGCUGGGUACACUGGCAUUCCAAGCUCAAAACUAUUCCGAAGCUAUUCAUCACUUUUGUCGGGCCUAUGAUCGCGCAUGUGAACUUGCUGGUCAAGUCCCGUCCUCCUACUGGGAACCUUUGGUCAACAAUAUGGCGCACACAUAUCGAAAGCUAGGCGUCUAUGAUCGUGCGAUGGGUAUGCAUCAGAUAGCGCUUCGUCUGGUUCCUGACUCUCCGACAACACUGGCUGGAAUCGCAUUGGUCUACGCCAUGACCGGUCAAAUGACCGAGGCUGUGGACUAUUUGCAUCGAUCGUUGCGCGUUCAACCUGCGGGAACCGGUCCAAGCGUGUUUGCCGCGACAAUGUUGAGCUGGUGUAUUGACUUGCUGACGAGCAAGUCUGGUAAUGGUAAACACAACCCCAAACCCGGUAAAGAUAUACCAGACUCGCCUCCACAGAAGCAUCUUCCUCCGGCCGGGGCUGGAAGUGUUCCGGGGUCGGAGAAGAUUCGUUUCAAAAAGCGGUCACCUGAUGUUUCCGCCACUUCCAAAUCCUCCGCGAACGCACUCCGGCUUGAUGUGAUUUAUCACUCGGUUCCGACCGAGACACCUAGUCGUUCGCUUGACACCAGUGAUGAGGACUUCAAACGUUCAGCUGCCGCACCCUUUCGGUGCUCAACUGCCAUGCCACCUGAAGGUCGCACGAAGGCUGGGAUACUGCCAGGUUGCCCAAGCCUAGACAGAAGUCGAGGGGUAAAGGUCGGGUUCGAACCACGGACCUUCCGGUCAGCGAAUUCGCGCUCCAACCACUUGAACCAUUUUGCCCAUUCUAAGUUCAAACGAUAA